ACUCGGACCACUUCCCUUCCAGGUUUGAUAAAGACAGGUGACAAGAGUGAAGACAAAGUCACGACGCUGACUGAAUGAGAAUUCCUGGCACUUGGAAAGGGCUAACGGUUGCUAGCACUUGGCAAACAUAGUGCAAAAGAGUUGAGUCAAGUGCAUUUGGCCUUGAUUGCCGAUGUGAUGCCUCAAAUUUGAAGCCUGAAUGUCAGAUGCCAAAUGCCGUUUACACGCGGAUGCUUGCAAUGGUUGACUGUUCGGCUUUUGUUGCUGGUGCGUUGCACCUGUUCACUUGAAGCUGGUGGACAAGCAUGGCCACUGACACCAGUGCGAGCAGCAGAGCGAAUUCCGCUAAUGAUGAAGAUUUCCACAUCUGACAAUGAGGCAUACAGUGUGACCGAAGGCAGCUUGACGCUGGUCUUGAAAUGGCAGGAUGCUUCGGUCUUGCAGUUCGACCACUCACUGUCAAAUUGCAAGGACAUCAUCGUGGAGGUAUGGCAGUUCCCGGCUCCAGCUAGUUGUGCCACUACAAGUGACGGAUCUGCUGUAAGCUUCACCUUCUACGAUGAUCAUACCUUGGGUGCAGCUACUACAUAUAUUUUGAUGACGGCAGUGCACUUGCAGCAAUCAGGCGGCACUGAUGUACAACGAACUUGCAUUGCUCAAAUCAUACGUGACUUCGAGUUGAUAGAUCAAUUUGGUGUUGUCAUCCCUCAAAUCUUAGAGGCUCAGGCAGGUCCACAGCUGGGUUUCUUUGACAUCACCCCGAUGAGCCUCAGCCUCAACAGCGCCACAACAUUUACACUGGAGAUAUCCUUGGCCUCCUCUUCCGAAGCAUUUGCUAUUGACCCAGGUGCUCAGGGGAGCAUUGUGAUUUGGGCUGCUCCGUUCUUCGCAUGGGAUUUUGUGCAACCCUGCGCUGUGGAUGCGAGCACAGAGAGCUCCAGCGUUCAGGGAAGGGGAACAUGCACAUUCCUGCGAUAUCCAGACGUCGGUGACGCUGAGAUUCGAGCUGCGGUGGGGUUCAACUCCAUCAAGCUAAUGCCAUCCGAGAAGAUUGGUCUGUCACCGGUGAUGUUUCGAUUUCAGGUGAGCAGUCCCAGCACCGGCAGCUUCGGGGACAAGUGGUACGCACAAGCUCUCAAGGCAGACCGUCCGAUGCAGGCACCACUUUCCUCGCCAGGUUUGAGCAUUCCACCAAGGCCUGCAGCUUCAAUCACUCAAGUAAGCAGUGCUGCAGCUGGCGCUGACAGCACUAUGAGCUUGGCAUUCGAAACGGGUAUAUCAUUUUCCAGAGGCAGGCUCAUAUUCAGCGCCCCACUGACGUUCGACUUCAUUGAUGCGCAAAUGUCAGUGUCUGGUUUUGCACGAGUUGGUACUAACGCAAUCUUGAGCGACAACACAUUGAAAAUUGAAGUGGUUGAUGAAGGAAUUUGGAGCAAUGUUCUCUAUGCAGUGAUCCUGCAUGUUCGGAACCCGGCAACUGCGAUGCUGUCAGUGACUUGCGUUGAAAGUCUGCUGACCCUGGUUGAUGAUUCCUUGCUGGGCACUUUGGCAGCUUCACCAUUCACCAUGAGCGACUCGGAAGCCUGGCACUUACAAAUAGAAGUUGGCAACCCGGUUGAGACGAGCGGUUCGGCCUCCAUCACACCGGUUGACAUGCAUCUAAGCAUGCCUGGGGUCAUUUCACCACUGAAUUAUGCCGUGGGCAGGAGCAACACUUUAGAAGUGUCUUUUGAACUGGUACUGGGCGUUCUUUCUUCUGAUGCAGCAAUCGUGCUUUCAGGGCCGGCUGAAUUUAGUUUCGCCUGCAGCACAUUCACUGCAGCAACUUCGCUGCUGACAGUUUUGCCUUUACUUGCGCCUUCUGGCUGUACUGCAAGCAACGGGUAUUUAUCUUUGGCAUUGGCACAUGGAGUGUUUCUGGCAGCUGGCACGCUUCUGUCCUUUCAAAUCAGCUUGGAGAACCCUUCCUUGCUUCAAGCUGUUGAUCUGGAAAGCCGGCUUCAAUCCAGUGCAUUUGCCGUUGAUCAGGCUUGGAUGUUGUCCAUUCAGUCCAAUGGUGUGUCCUGUCAAGCAUCGCGGUUGAAGUCCCCUCAUGGUGCCUGGCAAUGGCAGUUGUUUGUCAGGGAAUUGAGCCUGCAGGCCUUAUUCACUGGCGCUUUGCCCGGAGCUGAAGACUUUGUAGCGCUAUCCUUUGAAUUCUCUGCGAGAGUUCUUCGUGGCAGCCGUUUGCACAUUUUUGCUCCUGUGGGUUAUACGUUUCUGUCAAAUUUUAGUGUGGAUGACACAGCGCCAGAUCGGCUAGUCGUCGGGUUUUCUGAGAUUGGGGAAUAUCCAAAUGAGCUUGUUGUUCCGCUAGAGGGGCAUGCUUUCGAGCACAUCGUUUAUGGUCUUCAUGGCACGGUUCGGAACGCACUGGCAACACCAGGAUCACAAGAGCCCGGCUUCAAUCGCUGGAGUCUUUGGGUGCAAGUGCCUGAUCAGAUCAGUUCAGUGGCGGCACUCCAGGGCAGAGCAGAAGCUGGAACUCUUGUAGGUGGCGAUCUGCAAGCACUCCGAGCUUGUGGCAUUUCUCCUUCAACUACUGUUUUUGGCUGGCAAAACCAACUUGCAGUCACCUUCUUUGUAGCCACUAGCAUCUACUCCAGCGAUGCUUCUUUGGGAAGUGUUCACGUCGUGGCUCCGCAAGGCUUCAGCUUUCCAGUGGAGUGCAUUGUGUCCGGGCUGCCAGCCUCGCUUGGCUCGACAUCAACCUGCAAAGGCAACGGCAACAGAGCCAUUGUCAGGCUCACUGGGGCCAUCCCCAGAGGACCCCUUGUGGAGUUCUUCCUUGAACUUGUCAAUCCAACAGAGGCAGUUGUUGGUCAUUGGACCAUUGCCACCUAUCAAGGCCUUGUCCAAGUUGAAGAAUGUGAACAGAAAGUGGCGUCCUUUGACCUCACAAGGGCCCUGAAUCAAGCUCUGAUGUCAAGAGCAGUUGUGGGCCAGGAUUUGCGACCAGGUUACCUAAGCGUAUAUCAGUUCGUUUUUGCCUACCCAGAACGCACGGCCGAAGAACUGGCUGAUAUUGCUGGAGGAGACCACACACGGAGCAUUGUCAAGGUGACAUGCCCUGUCGGCUUUGUGGCGCCUGCUGCAUGCUUGAAUGGUGCAAGCGGUGCUGGCACUGGCUUCGCGGCCCUGCCCGACGUCAUCGCUUGCAUAUCAUUGGGCAGAACCUUGGACAUCACCUUGCAGGGCCUCAUCACGCCCCUCACGACCUAUGCCCUGAGUGUCACAGUUCAGAACCCACCUCAGCAGCAGAGCAACCAGUGGACCCUACUAGUGGACCGAGCGACUGCAACUUUGGAAGGUCCUGCUUUGCGUGUACUGCAAGAUGUAUCACUCAUGCCCGGGAGUAUGCAAGAGGCAGCCUUUGGAAUCUGUAUGAUCCACUUUCGUACAGUCACUGCGGUGCCAAUCAACGGCCAGCUUGACGUGAACAUUCCUGCAAGUUUCACACCUCGCUGUCCUGCUGCGCUAUACGACACUGGUGUGGCUGCACUGGGGAAGUUGGAUGUGACACCUGGCACUCCUUGUCUUGUGACGGCUAGUGGAGCACAUAGGUUGACACUGGGCCCCUUGACAGUCCAGCUGGAGAGCAACACCGCUUAUUUGCUGGCUUUAGGUCUCGAAAAUGGGCUGGCAGCCUUCCAGGAAGCCACAAGUUCGACGUGGACAGUAACAACACAAUUUGAAGGAGAGAUGCUUGAUGUCUCCCGUCCGCUUUCGUCAUUUGACGUUCGACCUGAUUUCGGCACAGUUAGAUUUACACCACCAGCCCUGGUCUCACCCAGAGGGCAGCCAUAUCCAGUCGACGUUACCUUCACGCUCGCAACAGCCGUGAGAUCCGGAGCAGUUGUGUUCUAUCCUCCUCCUUACACCCUCGGCAUUUGUCAGGACUUGCCAACUGAUGGUAUGCCGCAAGGUGCCACUUGCAAAGCCGAAGGGGACGCAACAGGCUGGCGUAGCCAGCGGAUCAUGCUGCGCAGUCUCUCGCCUUGGUCAAGCCGGCCGUACUACUUCCAGCUGCUCGUGCAGGAUGCUGGAGAGGAGCUUCCAGAGCACCGUAGUUACUGGACAGUGGAGCUUGUUGCAAGUGUGCAGUUGUCGCAGACGGAAGACAGCGAUCCCGCGGCCUUGCCAAACUCGAACUCCUUGCCUUCCCUGCCUGGCUUCGUGGUUGGAUCACGCUCUGUGGAGCAGUGGCGAUGGAGAGGGUGGCUGGAUGGUCUGUCGAUUACUUCUAUGGGUGCAGCGCAAGGCGCCAGCAGCCAAGCCUUGGUGUCAUUUGUAUCACAAUUAGAAUUGUUUCCCGCAGACGAAGUGUGGGUGCGAGCACCGGCGGGAAUUGUCCUGCAGCCCUUCUCAUGCUUUGUUUCGACCGAUGGCAACAUACGUAUUCCUGUUCCCUGUGAAGUACCUGAGCCAACAGCGCAAUGCUUUCCCUCGGUACACCAGACAGAGCCAUGCGUAGACGCCGGUUCAGGUCUCAGCCCUGAUUCGCCUGGCUUCUCACACAGGAUUGGAAUGAAAUUGCGGCUGGGAAGGGUUGUUCCGCAGUCGUCUCUGCAAAUUCUGUUAGCAUUUGUUCCGUUGGUAGCUGCAGAUCCAGGAAAAUGGCUUGUGAGCACUUGGAGAGCAAAUCAAGAACUGGAGGCUGCGAUUGCAGAUGGCUUCUCCAUUUGGCACUGGAUAGAGGUCACUCAAUUUCGUCCCUCAAGCCUGCUUCCCGAAGCUGAUAUUUCAGUACACGUCGCAUUUUGGAUGCUUUCUCCUUUGGAAUUCGGUGGCAUUCAAAUACACUCACCCAGCAAUGGAAUCUUUGGAGCCCUCUUCGACUUGUCCCAAUCUGUGCAGGGCUUUUCUUGGGGUAACUUACCUCAAAAUGCAAGACUACAGAAGCUCACUACCAGCACAGCAGUUCUUCAGGUGCAUUUGUGUUGCGAGCUUUUGGGCAGAACCGAAUAUUUCUUCAACUUUGGAGCCCAAAAUCCGAGCAUGCAGCGCAUGCCUGCAACAUCGCAGCCAGAACUUAACACUUGGGCUUUGCAGACAGUUACGCCAGAGGAUUAUGUGAAGCACUACAGGGCUGUGCCAGGCUAUCAGCUUGCUCGUGGAUUUCGCAAGUCAAGUGUGACGCUGGAGGACCAGCUAGUGGUUGGCGGAGUUGAGGGAUCCGCAGAUCGUAUGGUCAAUUUGGUUUUCUAUUUGCCGCAUCAAAAUGCCUUGCAUAGGACUUGCAUGCUUCGUCUCUUGGCACCCACAGGCUGGAAUUUUCCAGACAAGUGUGAGCUGAACCUGCAGCUGGGUGCAUUUACCACCGUGACCAGUUGCACAGCAGCACAGAACGAGCUGACUUUGCUGGUGUCGGGUGAUUUGAACCCCGGAAUCGAAGGGAAGUCCUUUGGCUUUGAGGCCGCCGUAAAGCUUCCGACAAGCGCUGCAGAGAAUGAUGUUUGGUUCUUGGAAGCAUAUGGAGCUGCAGGGACGCCAGACACUUUGGUGGACCCCAACCGCUAUGACAGCCUUGACUUUGAGCUAGCGCCUCGCUUGGCUUCUCCUUUGCUCGGCACUGGGCGCGACGCAUCGGCCACCCUUGAGGGGCAAAUAUCGGCACAGGUGCAGCUGUCUUUAGAAGCACUGGAAUCCCGCAGUACCUGGAGACUGCCAUCUUACUUCCUUGCAGCCGUGAGGCUUCAUUUGCCAGCCCUGCCAUCCCGCUUGGUGAAUGCCACGCUCUUGGUGUCCUUCAGCUUUCACUGGGCACAGCUGCGCUGCUCCCGUUUGCCGAGACCGUUUCAGUCAGGAAGCCUUCCUGCUGGAGCAUUGUGCUCUGAUGCUUCCUCUACGGGUGCUCCAGGAGCCUUGGAAGACACGCAAGUGAUUAUUGCCUUCGACAACAUUAUACCUCUCAGAUCUGGCAGCUACAACUUCACCCUCGUUGUCCUCACUCUCCCGCGUGAGAGCCCAUCGAUCGUCGCAAGCGCAUGGCCUCGCGAAAGUGCUUGGUCACUAAGCUUAGGCACAGGAUCCUUUGAUUUUCGGACUACGUUAGCCUCGGUGCAGGCAGUGGAAGGCAGGAACACGGCUGUUCAGACAAUCAGAGAUCUUGGACUUGUGACCAGCAACUCUCAAAGGGCUGAGUUGACACAGAUUGAUAUAUUGCUGCAUUUAGAAGCAAGAAGAACUUUGCCAAUGGCGAUUGAGAUUGAGCCACCGAGUGGCUUUCAGCUAGACACGUCGCCAUCUCCUUUGCAUCCUGCCCUGCAAAGCUCAGAGCUAUCGAACCCUUUCAGAUGGCAGCGCGACUGGUCUGCCAGUCAAAUAAGAUCUGGCGAGUACAGGCAGACAAACAGCUCCGUCAAGGUUCCAUGCCCUUUUUUUGAGCUGAUGCUUGAUACCCCCGAGUUCAAGGAGGUUGUAAGUGAUACUGGCCAGUCCGGAAUCUGCACUUCUUUGUGGAGUGGUGGAGUGGGCACCGCCACCUUUGCAGUUUGCAUGGAGGAUGCCUAUACCUCAUUGCCGAGGACGCAAGUACAAUGUCAUGUCCUCGCUGGAAAGGCAGUGCUGGAAAUAUCGGAAGCAAUUCCCAAGAAAUCCGAGCUUUCUUGGUUGACAGCUGGACUUUAUCGAUUAAGCCUGCGAGGCUACAACCCACCAGAGCCGCACUUGGAUGAGUCACCACACAACUCGUGGAGAGUUAGCAUUGCGAGCAAAAGCAACAGCCUUGUUCCAGCCUUGAAUGUGGCGUCCUCCUCCGUUGCCCGAGGAAGCGUGCCAAACUUCAUUCUGGAGGACACCUUGGGCCCAACAACCAUUUGGAGAGGCACUUCGUGGACUGCAGAUACCGAUGUGCAAUCCAUUGACAUUGUGACAGAUGAUGUGCUGAGCCCAACUCGAGUUGUGCAGCUCACAUGAGCGCAACUGCACGGAGCUGAAUUUGCAGUGCUCGCUGCGAUGAUUUGCGGAUCUGCAUGAGAAAGACGUGGACCCGGAAAAAGGCAGCGGGCUGCAGAAGAAGCAACGCACGCUGGCUGGGAACUCGUCAUUCGCAGUGUGAGCGUGCAGAAAUUGGUAUCCGUUUUAAAACCAAUGACAAGGGAACGACGAUGAUGAUGAUCAGGAUGAUGAUGAUGAUGAUGGUGAUGGUGAUGAUGGUGAUGAUGCUGCCUUUCGCAUCCCCGCAUCACCAGCGAGGAGACAGAGGAAAAUGGUGACGACGAUGAUGAUGACGACGCACAGUGACGUUGCACCACCAGCAAGGCCGCGCAGACAAGAGCAUGAAUCCAUGGCGAUGAACAGAGACAGUGCAACAUCCCUAGCAUCACCAACAAGUGCGGCAGUUGUUGCUUUAAUUGUG